AUGGGUUUCUCCUUCCGUGGAAAGGCCUCGGACGCGCCCGUGUCCGAGGGCCAGGCCACAGGACAGGAUGCCUCCUCAGAUCUUCCCAUCGACAUCAACCCUGAGGCCGACCUCAAGAAGUUUAAGAAGCUUCACAAGUGGGACCCUUUCAUGGAGGUCGAGAAGCUGGACGCUGCCGAUCAGGUACUACGCACUGGAGACUUGGAGAAGGAGGCGGCUGUUGAGACGUCUCUGCUGGCCGAGGACUCACCAUACGCCGAAGUCAGAGCGUCGGUGAAGCCUUUUGACGAUCCUGACACCCCCGUCAACACAAUCCGCGCCUGGUCCAUCGGUCUCAUCACCUGCACGGUUGUCACCGCCUGCAAUGUCUUGCUGAACAUGCGUCGUGCGCCCGUCACCAUCUCGCCUGUCGUCGUGCAGUUGAUUGCCUACCCCAUGGGCAAGGGCUGGCAUGCGAGCAUGCCCAACUGGAAGUUCCGUCUUUUUGGCCAGCACCUGGAAUUCAACCCCGAGACUCCCUUCAACAUGAAGGAGCACACCAUCGUUGUCAUCAUGACAGCUGCUGGAUCUGCGCUCUCGUACGCCCUCGACAUCUUGCUCGCCCAAGAAAUCUUCUACAAGCAGCACUUUGGCUGGGGCUUCCAGAUCCUGCUUAUCCUGUCUACGCAGGCCAUGGGUUUCGGUCUCGCUGGCGUCAUGAGAAGGUUCCUGGUCUGGCCUGCUGCCAUGGUCUGGCCGGCCACUCUAAUCUUCACCACUGUCAUGAACACUCUCCAUGACCAUAGCCCCUCUGACCCCUCGCUCGCGAACGGCUGGAAGGUUGGCCGCUACAAGUUCUUCUUGAUCGUCGCCGCUGGUACCUUCUGCUACGAGUGGAUCCCGCAGGUCAUGGCCACUUUUCUCCAAGUGUUCACGUUCGCGACUUGGAUUGCACCCAACAAUGUACUAGUCAAUCAAUUGCUUGGCGGCCAGACUGGCGUGGGCCUCAUUCCGCUCUCGUUUGACUGGAAUAUCAUCUCCGGCUUUCUGCUGUCGCCCUUGCAGACUCCCGCCUUCGCCAUCUUCAACGUUGGAAUCGGCAUUCUCCUAAUGAUGCUGGGCUCGAUCGGACUCGCCUACGCUGGCCCCGACUUUUACAAGUACUUGCCCAUCAGUGCGAAUGGAAACUUCGAUCACUUUGGGAGCUCCUACAACACGAGCAGGAUUCUCAACCCGGACUUUACCUUCAACCAGACAAAGUACGAAGAGUACUCGCCGCUGAUGCUUGGGCCUGCAUUUGCGUUAACGUACGGCAUGUCCUUCGCCGCCUUGGCCUCGACUGUCGUUCACGUCGGCCUUUUCUACGGAAAGGACGUCUGGGCCCGCGCUCGAACCGCCACCUACGAAGAAGCCGAUGUCCACCUGAAGAUGAUGAGGAAGUAUCGCGAGGCACCCGAGUGGUGGUUUGCCACCGUCUUCCUCAUCUCUUUCGCGUUCGGCAUGAUCGCCUCACAGGUCUGGGAGACCCACCUCGCAUGGUGGGCUUACAUUAUCUGUGUGCUGAUCGGUGUUGUGCUCAUCCUCCCGGUUGGCAUCAUACAAGCAAUUACAAACAGCCAAACAGGUCUGAACGUCAUCACCGAACUGAUCAUCGGGUACAUGCAACCGGGCAGACCCGUGGCCAUGAUGCUAUUCAAAAGUUGGGGCUAUAUGAUGGCCUACAACGGACUGACAUACGUCUCGGACAUGAAGAUUGGUCACUAUAUGAAAAUCCCACCGCGCACAAUGUUUUAUGCCCAAUUCUUCGCCGUGGUUUGGCUCAGCAUAGUCCAGAUCGCCACUUACAACUUUCUCCGAGGCAAUAUCGACGGCGUCUGCACAUCCACUCAGAAGCAAGGCAUUACAUGUCCCAACGCCAAGACCUUCUUUAACGCAUCUGUGAUUUGGGGUGUCGUCGGCCCCAAGAGGAUGUUCAGCUCAGGCGCUCUUUACAGUUGGACCAAUUAUUUCUGGUUGAUCGGGGCUGCCCUGCCAGCGAUCCAGUAUUUCGUUGCCCGACGUUAUCCCCGUGGAAUCUUCCGAUACCUGUUUUUCCCAGCCAUCUUCGGGGCCGCCGGCCAGAUCGCCGGCCACAUGGCCUAUUUCGGCUGGUGGACUCGAUACAACUACGUCCUGUCCGGUGCUCUCGACAUCGGCACCGCGCUUUGCAUUGUCGUCUCUGCACUGGCCCUUGGGCUCAGCGGCGUGUCUUUCCCUGAUUGGUGGGGCAACACUGUGUGGGAAAACAAUCUUGAUGCGGAAGGCACUGCAGUGACAAAGACUCUUCCUGACGAUGGAUCCUUCUUCGGUCCCACAACUUGGCAUUAG